UUCCUCUGGAGACUGGACUGGACUGGGUGCAUGGUCCGGAGACUUUCACUCCCGCGCGGGUGUUUGAGAAGGGAGGAGACUGGACUGGGCGCAGCCAGUAAUGGCACGAUCUGAGGGUGGUGGUUGCGUGCUACGUAGGCGCUGCGCGCUGGAGUGUGCUGGUAAUGGACGUACGUACGUUACGUACGGAUACGUACGCGAUGCUCUCGGAUUCCGAGGGGUGUGUGGGCUGACGAGUGAUGAUGCUGGCUAAUGAAUGGUUCUUACUUAAGUAUACAGAGCAUCUCAGGCCAGCACGGCCAAGUUUCCUUUUUUUUUCUUCUGAAUCUUGCACCUUAUCUCGCUAGGCUGCCAGAAGACUGACCCAGGGACACUGUUGAAGAUGAAGUUCACGCCUUUCCUCGCCUCGGGCGCUGCUGCCAUGCUCAUCGUGCCGGGAUCCUCGGCCAACGAGCCCCAGGCGCCCAUCUCCCUCGACCAUGGUGAGGCAUCGACCUUCUGGGACAAGCUCGCCCCGGCUGCUGAUGCCAUCGAGUCGGCCAUUGACGAUUCCGUCGACUUCCUCACCUCCGGCUUCGAGACGGUCAAGGAGACUGUCGGCGAGCUACAGGAGGAGUUCCAGACUCAGCUCAAUGACGCCGUUCAGGCCGUCGAUGACCACCACCACCACCACCCCCCCAAGCACGACACCAGGGACCACACCAUCUACGAACUCAUCAGCAAGAGCAAUUACACCAAGAAAUUCGCCAAGAUUGUCGACGAGCACCCUGAUGUCGUCAAGCUGCUUAACUCGACGCACGCGUCCCACAACCUGACCCUCUUUGUGCCCAUUGACGAGGCCUUUGAGCACAUCCCCGACGACCAUGAGAAGCCCAGCAAGGAAUUCGUCGAGGCCCUCCUCCAGUACCACGUUGGCAUUGGCGAGUAUCGCGCGAAGCGCAUCCUCGGCACGGACACCAUUCCCACAGCCUACGAUGAAGAGUGGCUUGGUGGUGAGCCCCAGCGACUUCGCGUCGGCCUUGGUCUGGGCGGCGUCAACCUCAACUUUUACAGCAGGGUCGUGGCCGUCGACAUUGGCGCCAAGAAUGGUGUCAUCCACGGCGUCCGCAGCAUCCUGGUGCCGCCUCCCAUGAUCGGGCGCAUCCUCACCCUCUUCCCCGGCGAGUUCUCGACCCUCCUCCUCGCCUACGAGAAGACGGAGUUUGUCAAAUUCAUCCACGGCGUCAAAAUGGUCGGCAGCACCGUCUUUGCGCCCUCCAACCGCGCCUUUAGCAGCCUCGGCCCGCGCGUCAACGCCUUCCUCUUCAACACCGAGACGGGCCUCAAGUACCUCAAGGCCCUGCUCAAGUACCACAUUGUCGCCAAUGUGACCCUGUACACGGAUGCCGUGUACGACAAGACCGACGACAAGGCCAAGGAGCAGUCUCGUGAGCACUUUGACCUCAAGACGCUUCUGGGUGGCGCACACAUUGGCGUGGACAAGGCCACGUUUGCCGGCUUCACCGUCAUCAAGGUCAAUGGUUUCGCGAACGUUGUUCGACGUGAUGCACCAGGAAAGAAUGGUGUCAUUCACGUGCUGGACAAGGUCCUGAUUCCUCCCCGCAAGCAUGGCGAGGAGAGUCUGUUUGAGGAGAUUUUCGAGGAGCUGACCGUCGAGGACCUCAUGGAGCGCCUUGGCGACUUUGUCGAAGAUGACGAGAGCCCCAACGAGUUGGAGCUGUGAUAGGGCUCUGGCGACUGCAGUGACAUGCACUCGGAAAACUCAAAGCCAGGAGGAAAAGGGCAUGUACAUGUAUUCAUGAUAGCGCAAUGAGACGCAGAAUGAUGCAAGGAGAAACUCAAGUAUUCUUCACCAGGC